GCGGCCGAGCGCGCUAGGAGUCCGCGAGAGUCGGGGAAGUGGAGCCGCAGGGCGCGCGGGGCAGGCGGCGAGCGGAGCCGGCCGGAGCGGGCCGGGCAGCGGCCGCCGCCGUCCCGGAGCGCGCGCGCGGGGUGGGCGGGAGGAUGGAGCUGAAUUCCCUGCUGAUCCUGCUGGAGGCGGCCGAGUACCUGGAGCGCAGGGACCGAGAGGCCGAGCACGGGUACGCCUCGGUGCUGCCCUUCGAUGGCGACUUUGCCAGGAAGAAAACAAAGGCCGCUGGCCUGGUGCGCAAGGCCCCGAACAACAGGUCUUCGCACAAUGAACUAGAAAAGCACAGACGAGCCAAACUCAGGCUGUACCUGGAGCAGCUCAAGCAGCUGGUGCCCCUGGGCCCCGACAGCACCCGCCACACCACGCUGAGCCUCCUGAAGCGUGCCAAGAUGCACAUCAAGAAACUGGAGGAGCAGGACCGCCGGGCCCUCAGCAUCAAGGAGCAGCUGCAGCGGGAGCACCGCUUCCUGAAGCGGCGCCUGGAGCAGCUGUCGGUGCAGAGCCUGGAGCGCGUGCGCACGGACAGCACGGGCUCCGCCGUGUCCACCGACGACUCAGAGCAAGAAGUGGAUGUAGAGGGCAUGGAGUUUGGCCCCGGGGAGCUGGACAGUGUUGGCAGCAGCAGUGACGUGGAGGACCACUACAGCCUGCAGAGCGGCGGCUGCAGCGACGGCGGCUACGCGCCCCCCUGCAGGCGGCCCGGCCGCCCUGGCCUCUUGUAGGCCCUGCCCUCUGCUCUGCGGCCCGCCUGCCCGCCCGGCCAAGCGUGUCAACCCUCAGUCCUUGAAAGUCUCUCCACGGGCCCACUGCUGUGCCAUUCUGGAAGCUCCAGCUGCCGCCUGGGCUGCCCGCCUCCGCCCGCCUUGCCGGCCAGGGCCCGCCGCGCCGCCCGCUCCUCCCGCCCGGGCAGGGACCCCCACAGGGCGGCGGGGCCCAGCUCCCGCGCCCCGGAGCCCAGCAUAGCCGCCCACAGCCUGUUUUCAGAUUCCUAAUCAUUCCAGAAGUAUUAAAUGUCAUUGCUGCAAACCUCGGCGGGCGCCGUGUGGGGGCUUACUGACCACCACGGGCACUCGGAGCCCAGCCCCGGAUCCCAGGAGAGAGGAGUGGACCGAGGAAGGAAGGAAGGCGUGGCUCUCCGUCCGUCUGUCCAUCUAUCUGUUGGUCCACAUGGGCUCCUGAGGCGCGGACAGAGGGACCCAUGAAGGGCGGGACUCGGGUGAGCAUCCUGGGGCAGGUGGGUGGAUGGGGCCUGGGCACCUGCCGGUGUCAGGAGCUGGGGCUGGGCUUCUGGGGGCUGCCAGGCUACCCCAGUCCAAGCUGGGCGGCUUCUGCUCUGUUGUUAGACCCCGCAGGUGUACACACGCAGCGCCUAGACACACGCCUGCCCGCACACACAUGCACACGUGCAGACACAUGUGGCCCCUGGACCGGGAGGGCACGUGUCCCGGGGCCUUCAGGGGUCAGGUGGGCAGAUGCUGGCCCCUGGACUGUGCCCGGCACCCCUUCCCAGUCUGCACAGGGAAGGGGGCUUCUGGGCCAGCAGGAGCGGAGGAGUGCUGGGGAGCCAGGAGCUGAAACCACUGGGUCCUCAGAGGGCUCGCUCAUCUCCUUUUAAAAAACAAAACAAAAAGUUGCUGCACUGCCCAGCAGCCCAGCACAGGGCUCCGGGGAGAGAAGCUUUUUCCCCCAAAAAAGGAAAAAAAAAAAAAAAAGCAACAGGAGAGAAAUGUUUUUUAAAAAGAGCGACUCCGGCCUGAUGUUGGCGUGAGCUGCCUGUUUCCUGUACGAGAUUUUUUCUACUCUAUUUUCCUAGCGUCCUUGUUUGCUGAGGGGUGGGAGUGACCCAGCGUCUCAGGGACUCGUCCGUCUGUCACUGUCGUCUAAGUGUGCCUUGUGUCCCGUGUCUGGCCCCACCCUGACCGUCACCACCAGCAUCUCCCGCGUGGCUCACGGGAUGCCCUCCACCCGCCCCGGCCCAUCAGGUGUCUUCUGGGCCUCCUCCCCAGGGGGCAGCCCCUCAGUGGCCAGGCCAGGUCAGGGGCUCUGCAGCAGCAGGGCUGCUUUCUGUCCCCUGGUGGGGGGGCUGGGACCUCCACCUCCCCCAACCCCACGGCAACCUGGCCUCCGUGUUGGGGGCCUGCUAACCAGAGAAAUAGGUUCUUACCUGUACCCAGCUUGAACCUUGAACCCUCUCUUCUCCAGAACUUGAGCAAGGGCUCCAGAUUUCAGACUUUGGCAGCUGCUAGAGACAACCGUUCACCCUGGGUGGUCAGGCCUGGGCACUAGGAGGCGUCUCCUAACCUUCUGUUCCCGAAGUCCUCGUCUCCGGGGGCCACACAGCAAUAUUCAGGUGGUGGGCUGCGGGGCCGACCGACAGCAGUGUCUGACCCCCUGUCUGGUGCACUGUAACCAGCUCCCAGAUCGUGGGGGAUGGUUUGGGUUCAUCUUCAGGCAGGCCGAUGGACGGACACCCCAGGCGGGUGGCCCAUGGCGGCGGAAAGGGGUCCUUGGAAGUAGCUCUGGCACAGAACCUGCCCUGCGGGGGCCUGGGGGUGGUGGUGAAGAGCAGGCUCAGGGGGACAGUGCGCAGAGUCGGGGGCAUCAUCCCGAAGCUUUGCUGGUGGUUGCAAGGCAGACCUUUCCAGCUCCAGUGGGGUCCAGCUUGCCCCGAAGGGCCUUCUCCCGCCGGGCCCAGCCCGCCUUGCGAGGACCCCAGUGCCCUCUGAGCAGGGCAGGAACACCCGCCUUUAAGAGCCUGCUGCUGUAGGAGAUAACGCCUCAGGCCCUGGGGUGGUCUGGCUUCUGACUCUUUAAAAGCCGCAGCCCCCCCCAACCACCCCCAUCCCCUGCACCUGGGGAGGUGCUGCUCCCACCUCUGGUGGGCAGAAUUCUACCCAGGGACAGCUGUGGCCCUCAGCUGGCCCUCCUGGCAGCUCAGCCCGUGGCUUCUCAGGCCUCACUGGCCACUCAGGCGUGCUGGGUCCCAGAUGUGGACGCCAGUGAGGGUCGGGUGCUAGGGCCACUCACGUACCCACCCCUCCCACUGGCCAGGUGCACAGCGCAGCCCCUGCCAGUGGCCACGGGGACCCAGAGGGUUGUUUAGUGUGUACCUGAGUGUUGUCAGUCUGUAGAAAGCACACGGGGCCAGAACAGGGCCAGCGGGGGGCCUGUGCCCUCCCUGUGUGCUCGCCCAUGCCCUGUGGACCACCCUGGCACUCAGGGGCUGGGAUCCUUGAACUCCAGGCUCAGGUUUGGGUCCACACCCUUGCUGUGAGACGCCCCCCACACCCCCCCCACCUCAGUGCAGGCCCAGCUGGCCGGGGAGGCCGCCCUGGCUCUGCCCGUGCAGGUCAGGUCUCAGGAGCAUGGCGCCCAAGCCUGGGUUCCUGGGUGGCCUGUUCCCUCCUGUCUGCCCGGAGGACCCCUUCUGCUGGGAGGGGCUGCCCGCCCCCUCCCCCACCCCCGUCUCUCUGGGCCACCUUCCCCCUGCCGUGCACGCGGGACUCUGACCUUCAGCCAUGUCUAGGGCACGAGGGCAGGCUCUGUGCCAGAGUUUGUGGGGGCACCCAGGGGGCCUGGUGCUGGCCAGGUGGGCAUGUUACAAGAUCCUGGCUGGAGACAUGGGCCACGCACCUGCCUGUUCACUGGGAGGGACUGUGCUGUACCAUUCUGUCUUUGUAACAUAAAUACAGAUUUUUAUACCUCA